UGCUUUCGCUGCACUAAUCAUAAUUUUGAGCAGAGAAGUGGAGGUGAGCUCUGCGAGUCAAUGCACCUCUAACAAAACCAAAACAUGGGGUUGCCAGCGAAGAUUAUUUUGUUGAUAUUCUGGACUGUUUGUGUAGCAGAAGAGUGUAAAGGACCUCCUCCAAAACAAAGUGCAGAAAUUCUCACAGGUUCUUGGCUUGACCAAACCUAUCCAGAAGGCACUCAGGCUUACUUCAAAUGCCGUCCCGGAUACAGAACUCUUGGAACUAUUGUAAAGGCAUGCAGGAAUGGAGAAUGGGUGGCUCUUAAUCCUGCCAGGACAUGUCGGAAGAAACCUUGUGGACAUCCUGGAGAUACGCCUUUUGGUUCCUUUAAGCUUACAGUUGGACAGCAGUUUGAAUUUGGUGCAAAAGUAGUCUAUACAUGUAAUGAUGGGUAUCAAUUGUUAGGUGAGAUUGAUUACCGUGAAUGUGGUGCAGAAGGAUGGACUAAUGAUGUUCCUAUAUGUGAAGUUGUUAAGUGUUUGCCAGUGAGAGAACCAGAGAAUGGGAGAAUUAUCCGUGGUACAGAAGAACUAGACAAAGAAUAUUAUUUUGGACAAGUUGUGCAGUUUGAAUGUAAUGCAGGUUUCAAACUUGAAGGACCUACAGAAUUGCAUUGUUCAAACAAUGGCCUUUGGAGUAAUGAAAGCCCAAGCUGUGUGGAAAUUUCCUGUACAAAACCAGAACUUAAAAAUGGACUUGCUAUGUCACAGAAGAGAAGUUAUAAGGAGCAUGAAAGAUUUCAGUAUCAAUGUAAUCCAGGUUAUGAAUAUAGUGAGAAAGGAGAUGCCAUAUGCACUGUUUCUGGGUGGAGUCCUCAUCCUUCCUGUGAAGAAAAGAAUUGCAAUGUUCCUUAUAUUCCAAAUGGUAGUUACUUACCUCACAGGAUUAAGCACAGAAGUGGAGAUGAAAUCAGAUACAAAUGCAAACAUGGUUUUUAUCCAUCACAGGAACAGAUUUCACAAUGUACAAGUACUGGCUGGGUACCUGCUCCAAGAUGUAGCUUGAAACCUUGUGACUUUCCACAAAUAAAACAUGGGAAUAUAUAUGAAGCAGAGAGACAAAGGCCAUACUUUCCAGUAACCAUAGGCAAAACAUACGACUAUUUUUGUUUACGUGGCUUUUUGACUCCUUCAAAGUCCUACUGGCAUACUAUUCGUUGCACAGCAGAUGGCUGGGAGCCAAAAGUACCAUGCCUCAGGCAAUGUGAUGUCUACUAUGUGCCAAAUGGGAAGUAUUAUUCAUCAUAUGAAAGACCAUAUAUAGAGAACCAGACUGUGAAAGUUGAAUGCUACUCUGGCUACAGUCUUCCAAAUGGCCAGAACACAAUUACAUGUACAGAGAAUGGCUGGUCCUCUCCACCUGAAUGCGUCCGUGUCAAAACAUGUUCAAAAUUCGAUAUAGAAAUUGAGAAUGGAUUUCUUUCUGAGUCUGACCAAAGAUAUGUUGUACAUAAAACAACACAAUAUAAAUGCAAACCUGGAUAUGUAACAGCUGAUGGCAAAACCUCAGGAUCAAUUACAUGUCUCCAAAGUGGAUGGUCAGUUCAACCCACAUGCAUAAAGUCUUGUGAUAUGCCAGUAUUUGAGAAAGCAAAAACUAAAAAUAAUGCCACGUGGUUUAAAGUGAAUGACAAGUUGGACUAUGAAUGCCUUGUUGGAUAUGAAAACAAAUACAAACGUAUCAGAGAUACUAUACAAUGUAAUUAUGCUGGAUGGUCUGAUAUCCCCUCAUGUUAUGAAAGAAAAUGCAGCACUCCAGAAAUACCAAUAGGAUUAAAUGUUGAUCCCAAGAAAAAUAAUUAUAGAGUUGGUGAUGUGUUGAAAUUCACUUGCCAGUUAGGAUUUACAAGAGUUGGACCAGAUUCAACACAAUGCUAUGAUUUUGGAUGGUCUCCUGAUGUGCCAAUAUGUAAAAAACAUGUACAGUCAUGUGGUCAACCUCCUGAGCUCCUCAAUGGGGAAGUUAAGGGCACAAGCAAAGAAGAAUAUGGACACGAUGAGAUGGUGGAGUAUAAUUGCAAUCCUAGAUUUCUGCUGAAGGGGCCAAAUAAAAUUCAGUGUAUUGAUGGGAACUGGACAACCUUGCCAGUGUGCUUUGAGGAGGAGAGAACAUGUGGAGAUAUUCCUGAGCUCCACAAUGGCUAUGCUCAGCCAUCUCCCCCUCCGUACCACCAUGGAUAUUCAGUGGAGUUCAACUGCACAGACACCUUCACGAUUAUUGGACACAGAUCAAUCACAUGUGUUAGUGGGAGGUGGACCCAACUUCCUCAGUGUGUUGCAACAGAUCAACUUGAGGGGUGCCAAGCCCCAAAGUUAAGUACAUACAAGCCAAAUCAGUCUGAUAGGAAUGAAUUCACUCAUAAUCUUAACAUAAGUUACAAAUGCAAAGGAAACUCAGACUAUGAACACUCCACCUGCAUCCAUGGGACAUGGAUUCCUGAGCCAACCUGCAAAAAAAUAGAAAAAAAAUUCUGCCCACCUCCACCUCAGAUUCCCAAUGCUCAGGAUAUGAGAACCACUGUGAAAUACCAGGAUGGAGAAAAAAUAUCUGUUCUUUGCCAGAAAAACUACCUAACUCAAGACACAGAAGAACUUGUGUGCCAAAAUGAAAGAUGGCAAACAGUACCACGUUGUAUAGAAAAAAUUGCAUGCUCUCAGCCACCUGAAAUAGACCAUGGAACCAUUGUAUCAGCUUCACCACCAGAAGAACAAAAAGAUGCAACUGGCUCUAGAAUUUAUGAACAUGGCACAAAACUUGGUUAUAUUUGUGAACAUGGUUUCACACUAUCUCAUGCGCAUGGGACAAUGUGCCACAUGGGAAAAUGGAGUUCGCCACCUCAAUGUAUAGGACUGCCUUGUGAUGCUCCUCCUUCAAUUCCUGAUGGUGUUGUGUCUCAGGAGAGAGACAGUUAUCAACAUGGAGAAGAAGUUACAUACAGUUGCUCUGAAGGUCUUGGAAUUGAUGGACCUGCAUUCAUCAAAUGUACAGGAGGAAGAUGGUCCCACCCACCAGAAUGCAUAAGAACAGAUUGUGACAACUUACCCAGCUUUGAUCAUGCCAUACCCAUGGGAAUAAUACAACAUUCCUACAGAACGGGAGAACAAGUGACUUACGAAUGUACAGCAUCCUACCAAUUGGAUGGGCCCAAUGCUGUGACAUGCGUUAAUGGCAAGUGGAUUGGAAAACCAGUAUGCAGAGAUAAUUCCUGUGUGAAUCCACCAAAAGUGACAAAUGCCACUGUGAUAUCAAUGAAGUUGGAUAAGUAUCCAUCUGGUCACAGAGUACGUUAUGAAUGUGUCAAACCUUUUGAAAUGUUUGGGGAAGUAGAAGUGAUGUGUCUGAAUGGAACUUGGACAGAACCACCUCAGUGCAAAGAUGUUACAGGAAAAUGUGGGCCUCCUCCACCAAUUGAUAAUGGAGACAUCACUUCAUAUCCAAAGCCAGUGUACGCACCAGGUGCAUCAGUUGAAUACCAAUGUCAGUCCUUGUAUUUACUCCUGGGGAGCCAGCGAAUAGUAUGUAGAAAUGGAGAGUGGACAGAACCUCCCAAAUGUUUAAAUGCAUGUGUAAUAUCAAAACAAAUUAUGGACAAACAUAACAUAAGGUUAGCAUGGGUAAAUGAUCAAAAGCUUUAUUCUCCUUCAGGAGAUUGGGUAGAAUUUUCAUGUAAAUAUGGGUAUUCUACACAAAAAAGAAGCUCAUUACGAGUAAGGUGUACUGAUGGUCAACUCAACUAUCCCACUUGCACAUAAUCAAGGGGCUAAAAUUAUUAGCAUAAUUUAAAUGUGUACAUCUUUUUAAGAAUUUAUUAUUAAUCAAUGUCUCAACUUUGUUUGAAGCACUCAUUUGUAUUAGUAAAUACAAACCUGAGUUGAUGUUUGAUGAUGAAAUUGGAAUAUGGGAAAAUGCCAGUACAAAUAAAAAUGCACUUCAUUCCAA